AUGUCAAAAUUAUUGACACAAAAUAAUAAGUUUCCAUUACCAACAUCCAUAUUAAACCAAAAGGUUUUAAUAUCCAUCACAGGGCCUCAUGGCACUGACAUAAUUGGAUGUGUUUUAGGAUGUAUGGCUAAACAUGAAUGUGAAAUUGAAGAUUUUACAUUAUUUAGACUUUAUCAUAAUGUUACAUUCAGUGUUCUAACCACCAUGAAACAUGAGAACGUAGAAUUAUUUUGUGAUCUUUCUGAUGCUGCUAGAAAGUGGGAUGGUAAUUUAACUAUUGAUUUACAAGGUGUUGCUGAUCAAGAAAAACCAAUAAAACCAUUAGAGGAGGCACCUUAUGAUAAUCGAAUCAAAUAUGCCGCAACGGUAUUAAACCAAAAUGGGCUCACAGCGAAAUUUAUGGAUGAAUGGACAAAAUUACUAUUGCGAGAAAAAAUAUCUGUAGAAAAAAUGCAACGACUGAAUGAAGGAAGGUUGUCUUGUGCUGAUUAUAAGCUUUCAGUACCUUUAGGAACAGACUUUGACAGAUUGAGACAAGACCUAUUUCAAUUAAGUGUAAGCCAUGGUACUGAUGUUGCACUUCAACCUUUUGAUGUAUUUAGAAGGCAUAAAAGAUUGGUAGUGUUUGAUAUGGAUUCUACAUUGAUUCAACAAGAAGUAAUUGAUGAAAUUGCUAGGAUUGCUGGUGUUGUGAAUGAAGUAGCAAUGAUAACAGAAUUGGCGAUGAAUGGUGAAAUUGAUUUUAAGGAAUCGUUAAAACGACGUGUUUCUUUAUUGAAAGGGACACCUGUUGAUGUCAUAGAAGCUGUCAAGAAAAAAAUCAUCUUCACAGAAGGAGCACACUUUCUUUGUAAAGCACUCAAAAAAAUUGGAUUCAAACUUGCCGUUAUUUCUGUAUCAUCUGAUGGUUUAACAUUGACUGGUGAAACAGUCGGGCCAAUAAUUGAUGGAGGUCGUAAAGCUGAAUUAUUGGAAGUGAUAGCUCAAGCUGAAAAUGUUACAUUGGAUCAAGUGAUUGCUGUUGGUGACGGUGCAAAUGAUUUAUAUAUGUUGGCUAAAGCUGGUUUAGGCAUUGCAUUUAAUGCAAAACCGCGAGUCCAAGAAAAGGCUAGAGCUAGAAUCAAUCAAAAAAGUUUAAAAUAUGUGUUAUAUUUGUUAGGAUAUACAGAUGAAGAUGCAAAACAAUUACCACUGGCGUGUGGAAAUAUGCCCUUGAGCCAGAAUAUGGAGAAAUUGCAACAAACUACAACUAACGGACAAUAUUAUAAAUUUAAACGCGGAGUAAUUUCUGGUAUCGGAAAAGGAAUAUUCGCCUCUUCUUUAGGAUUCUUGUUAAAAACAUUUGGAUUAAAAGUCACUGCCAUAAAAAUUGAUCCAUAUAUGAAUAUUGAUGCUGGAACAAUGAGUCCAAUUGAACAUGGGGAAGUAUUUGUAUUAAAUGAUGGCGGUGAAGUUGAUCUUGAUCUUGGAAAUUAUGAAAGAUUUUUGGAUGUAACUUUGACCAGAGAUAAUACUAUCACUGCAGGAAAGGUUUAUUUAAGAGUGAUUGAAAAAGAGCGUAAAGGAGGAUAUUUGGGUAAAACUGUUCAAGUGGUUCCACACAUAACUGAUACUAUUCAAGAAUGGAUUGAAAAAGUUGCCAAGGUUCCUGUGGAUCAGACUAAUCAAGAACCUGAUAUAUGUAUAAUUGAAUUGGGUGGCACUGUUGGCGAUAUUGAAUCUGCUCCUUUUGUGGAAGCAAUGAGACAAUUUCAAUUCAGAGUAGGAUCUGAGAAUUUUGCUUUAGGUCAUGUCUCAUUAGUACCUAUAAUUGGAACGGUUGGCGAGCAAAAAUCUAAACCUACACAAACCACAAUAAGAGAAUUAAGAGCUUUAGGAUUAUCCCCUGAUCUCAUUGCUUGCAGAUGCUCAAUACCAUUAAAGCCAGAUGUUAAGAAUAAGAUUUCAAUGUUUUGUCAUGUUGGGAAAGAUCAAGUUAUUUCAGUUAAAGAUGUUGUCUCUAUUUAUCAUGUCCCAUCAUUAUUGAAAGAGCAAGGUGUCUUGGAAUUUUUUAUUAAAAGAUUGGGAUUAGAUAAAAUUCCAAUUUCACAAAAUCAAAAAAAAGAAGUAGAAAAUUUAUUAGAAAAUUGGAAUGACACAUUGACAAUAGAGUAUGAGCCUGUUGUCAACAUUGUUUUAGUUGGAAAAUACACUGAUCUACACGAUUCAUAUCAUUCGGUCAUUAAGUCACUUGAACACUCAGUAUUAAAAUGUAGAAGAAGAUUGGUUUUAAAAUUGAUUGAAGCUUCUCAUUUAGAAGAUUCAACAAAUCAAACUGUGCCUGAUAAAUAUAAAGAAUCUUGGGAUACUUUAAAAUCUGCUGAUGGUAUCUUGGUUCCAGGUGGAUUUGGUAAUCGUGGUAUUGAAGGAAAAGUUUUGGCAGCCAGAUGUGCAAGAGAAAAUAAAAUUCCUUUUUUGGGAAUAUGUUUAGGUUUACAAAUUGCAGUGAUUGAAUUUGCUAGAAAUGUUUGUAAUCUUAAAUGUGCGAAUUCUGAAGAGUUUGACCCAAAAGCAAAACAUCAAGUAGUGAUCAAUAUGCCAGAAAUAUCUACAACAGAAUUUGGAGGUACAAUGAGAUUAGGUCUGAAGCCUACAAUAUUUCAGGAAGAAACUAAAUCUUGGUCAAAAUUACACAAGCUUUAUGAUAAACAAAUCAUAUUAGAACGUCAUAGACACAGAUAUGAAGUUAAUCCUGAAUAUGUAGCAGAAUUAGAAUCAAAUGGAUUGUAUUUUGUUGGUAGAGAUGAACUAAAUAGACGAAUGGAAAUAAUGGAACUUAAAGAUCACCCAUAUUAUGUUGGAACGCAAUUUCAUCCUGAAUAUCUUAGUAGACCACUUAAUCCCUCGCCAACAUUCCUUG